GGAAGUGACGAUAAGGUGGGUCAAUCACAGCCAGGAUUGGAGAAUAAGCAAUUUAAAUGAUCUCAUGGUUCUCAAAUAACGUACGACAAUUUGAAUGAUAGCCCAUGAAUCUCAACGUUAUUAUGAUGCUCAGCUCAGCUUCAGAUCAUUCUUAGAGGUUCACAGUAAAAACUAUGGGUGGAGAAAAGUCAUGUUCUGCUGCAGGUCGCCACAAUGGUGCUGAAGGUGGAUCUUCAGUGCUGCAAAUGCUACAAGAAGGUCAAAAAAAUACUCUAAAAUCCUUCGUAUACGAUGAGAAGAAUGGCAGAGUGACAAUCAAAGUGGUAUGUUGUAGUCCUGAAAAGAUCAAGGAAAAAAUUAUCUGCAAAGGUGGUGAUACCAUUAAAAGCGUCGAGAUCAUAGUUCCUGAAAAACCGAAGCCUAAACAACCUGAAAAGCCCAAAGAACCAGAGAAGCCCAAAGAACCACCAGAAAAGCCUAAAGCCCCUGAGAAACCUAAAGAACCAGAAAAGCCUAAGGCUCCAGAGAAACCUAAAGAACCUGAGAAGCCUAAGGGACCACCGCAGCCUCCUAAAGAGCCAGAGAAACCUAAAGAACCUGAGAAGCCGAAACCACAACCUCCUCCUCCUUGUCAACCGGUGCCGGGAUGCCCACCGCCGUUUGUUCCCAGGGGAGUAUGUUGCCAGCAAUGUUACAAUGGGAUUCCCGGUGGGGCAUGCUUUCAUGGCUAUGGUGGGCCACCACCAUGUUACCAAUACGAUGGAUACUGUGGAAGGCCAGUCUUUGAUAGCUGGGGUGGUGGAAGACCGGUCUAUGUGAGCCGCUGUGAUACUUUCAGUGAAGAAAAUCCCCAAGCUUGCACUAUUAUGUAGAUCAUUUUUUGUUUUUCUUUUUUUUGGGUUUUUUUCUUAGGAAGGAAAAAAUUUUCUUCUUAUAAUAUCUACUUAGCAGUGUUGGAAUGUUGAGUCAAGCUUCGGAUUCCAAAUGGGUUAUUUUUAUGUAGCACAAAAAAAUUAUCGUUGUUAUUAUAUAAGGUAGAUGGGGAAAUACUGGAAUAUUAAAUGAAUAUGGUUGUUUGUUGAUAGAGUGGGGGUACAUGAGGUGUUACAAUUUUUCUUAAAAAAAUAAUUAAAUAACAAUAAUUGAAGGUCC